AUGGAUGGAACUACCAUCGGAUCGAAGGCUGAAGCCCCUACUUUACAGCAAUCUGACCAGAAAUGCGCAGUAUGUGACAAUUUGGACGUCUGGCCCGAGCGAGUCUCGCGCGAACACCGUUACAAACCGUCCACACCAAUCGUCUUCAAGAACCUGGUCGAUAGUUGCGGAUACUGCCAACUGAUCAAAUCGUCUAUCAUAAAAUUUGAUCUAGUCCCCCCUGAUGAGUCUGUUUUCUUCGUGAGGACGGAGGACGGUCUGAUUCAAGUUUCGGCUGUUGGCUUCGAAGAGAGUCCGCCGUGGAACUUCAUAAUAUAUACGCCGAAUCAGAGCCAAAUGCUUCGUAACUUGCGGACUCUUCCCCCGUAUUCGGAGUCCUGUGAUCUUGAUACGUCGGUGAGCUUCAUCAAGGAGCAAGUGUCAAAGUGUCAGGAAGAACACCCUGCAUGGGAAACUAGCAACACUCCCCUACCAACUCGAGCUGUCUGUAUUGGUUCUUCAAACUCAGAGGUCCGUCUUAUUGAGGCCAAAGGCAUGACGGCAAAGUAUGCGACUUUGAGUCACUGCUGGGGCGGUGAACAGCCAACCAAAACCACCAUAUCUAAUCUGGCAGCCCUGACCGACUGUAUCAACUUCGAGACUUUACCGGUUGUUUUCCAACAGUGCAUAUUACUGGCACGUAGGCUAGGGGUCGAAUACGUCUGGAUAGACUCGCUGUGCAUCAUACAAGACAGUGUUUCCGACUGGGAACUCGAAUCUGCAAAAAUGUGCGAUUAUUAUGAGAACGCCUACCUAACUAUUUCCACAGCAACGUCUCCUAGUCCUAACAUUCCAUUCCUCGCAACUAGAGAUACAAAAUGGACACCGAUUGAGGUAGAGCUCGCGACAAAACAAGGCCGUGAAACUCUAAUGGCCCAGAGAGUAGCGAUAACACCCCAAGAACAAGGUAAGCUUUUCACAAGAGGUUGGGCAUGGCAGGAGUCCGCCAUGUCGUCACAAACGAUAUAUUUCACUCCAUCCGAGCUUAUCUGGGAGUGUAGCAAGUGCCAUGAUCAUGUUGUGCCGCAGAGGUACAUUCCAGAUAAACGCAGCUCGGAUAGACUUGGCUUCUCGCAGAUAUUGUCUACGCUCCGUUUUGGCUUUACGUCUGGACGGUCUCGGUUUACAGAACAAAUACCUUACCCGGAUGAUCAUUGGGAUGGCGCAUACUCGUAUAGUGAAAGUUCGGAGCCAGACGCCAGAGACUUUGACUAUAUCUGGGAUGAAUGGAAUGACCUUGUAGUCUACUACUCCCGUCGAGAGCUUACCUUCCUUCUUGACAGGCUGCCAGCACUCAGUGGUGUGGCUUUUCGUGUCUACGAGGCUACAAACUCGCAAUACCUUGCUGGAAUAUGGGAGGACAGUCUACCUACUAGCUUAUGCUGGGUCACAGAACACAAUCGGGAUGAGGCCCUGCCUCUCGCUAACCAAUAUGUGGCACCGUCUUGGUCGUGGGCAUCGGUCGUCCGUGAGAUAGAGGCUCAAGUCGAAAGGUCUAUUGAGCAAUUCGAGUCAGCCGUCACUAUUCUCGAAGCCAAAUGCCAUGUCCCUGGGCUGAAUCCUUUUGGCAGAGUUUCGGAUGGGUAUAUCAAGCUACGGGGGCAGAUUUCGGAAGCGACAUUGACUUGCGACAAUCCGCACAGUGGUGCCCACUACAUUAUUUCUGGCCAAGAAGAAAAUCUUUGGUUCCGCCCUGACAGUGCGCUGGUCGAACAGGAUGGUAUUGUCUCAAGGGCUAGGGAAGGACAGACACUAGCAGACUUCACUUCGACAGUUUCGUGUAUGUAUCUUGGCUCAAGUGUUCCUUACCAUUACUUGGAAGGAGACAAAACGACGCACUAUAUGAUGGUCCUGGGCGCCGGGGACGAGGAUGGAAGUUACUGUCGUAUUGGAUUGUUGACUCUAGUGGCGGAUUUCUCUUUUGAGCUGGAUGAGUCUAUGUGCCGGGAGAUAAAGAUUGUAUAA